UCCGCGUGGUCACGUGAGCCGGUUCCAAGAUGGCGGCAGGGGUGGCCGGGUGGGGGGUUGAAGCGGAGGAGUUCGAGGAUGCGCCCGAUGUGGAGCCGCUGGAACCCACGCUUGGCAACAUCAUCGAGCAGCGCAGCCUUAAGUGGAUCUUCGUCGGGGGCAAAGGUGGCGUUGGCAAGACCACCUGCAGCUGCAGCCUAGCAGUCCAGCUCUCCAAGGGGCGGGAGAGUGUUCUUAUCAUUUCUACGGACCCGGCCCACAACAUCUCCGAUGCAUUUGACCAGAAGUUCUCCAAGGUGCCCACCAAGGUCAAAGGCUAUGACAACCUCUUUGCCAUGGAGAUUGACCCCAGCCUUGGCGUGGCAGAGCUGCCUGACGAGUUCUUCGAGGAGGACAACAUGUUGAGCAUGGGCAAGAAGAUGAUGCAGGAGGCCAUGAGCGCCUUCCCAGGCAUUGACGAGGCCAUGAGCUAUGCAGAAGUCAUGAGGCUGGUGAAGGGCAUGAACUUCUCAGUGGUGGUGUUUGACACGGCGCCCACGGGCCACACGCUGAGGCUGCUCAACUUCCCCACCAUCGUGGAGCGGGGCCUAGGCCGCCUCAUGCAGAUCAAGAACCAGAUCAGCCCCUUCAUCUCACAGGCAGGCAGGGCCCCAGGGCAUCCAGGUGUCCCCUGAGUGGGAGCCAGUCCCCAGGCCCCCAGAUGUGCAGUGACAUAAGCCUUUCUCUCACACAACUCUGGAUCCACGUUU